UGAACUGGCUAUGGCUGGAUUGGUCGACGGCUACGUGUUGUUGUCGUUUGCGGUCAUUGUUGGCCGUUGGCAGCAAUUGCUCGUCAGAGAUCUCUCAGAAGGAAGAUCGAGGAACCCAACCGAAAGAUCCAAUGCGCAAUCCUCCGCGCGAAAGAUGAAGAGCUGUAGCGGCCACUUGGCCAAAAUCCAUUUUCAGCAUUGGUCGAUCUCAUCUUCUCCAUCGUGAAGUAGACCACCACCAUUUUAUCAUAGCACUGCCUCUCUGCAAGCCACCGUCAAUACACUACUAGCUAUCAAUCAACAAUCAAGACAAGAUGACGUCAAUGGCCUACAAUUCCGCCGCUGGCAUGGGCGGCAUGAUGAAAGAAGGCACGCAGCAUUUUUCCAAUCAAGACGAAGGCCUCCACAGCGCGUCGGUCGUGAUUCGCAACAUUGAAGCCUGUCUUCAACUCUGUCAAAUGCUCUGUACCAGUCUAGGUCCGCAGGGUCGUUCCAAAUUGGUGGUCAAUCACUUGGGUAAAAUCAUUGUCACGAGCGAUUGCGCCGCCAUUUUGAAAGAAAUGGAAGUCGAACAUCCGGCCGCCAAAUUGCUCCAAAUGGCCACGGAACACCAAAAUCAAGCCUGUGGCGAUGGCACCAAUUUGGUACUCACGUUUGCCGGGGAACUCUUGUGGAAUACACUCGAACUCAUUCAUAAAAUGGGAUGGCAACAUGCCAGUGAAAUUGUGGAAGGAUUCCAUCUCGCUGGUAAACGAGUCCAGAAUGAAUUGUUGCCCAACUUGUGCUGUGGUACCAUUACCGAUGUCACGGACGAAACACAGUUGUUGCGUAUUUUAAAACCCGUUCUCAUGUCCAAAAAUAUGGGAUCCCAAGAGACUCUGGCACCCCUCGUCGCACAGGCGUGUCUCAAAGUCAUGACCAAAUCCGCUACGGGCAGAAACAAAGUCAGCCCCGAUGCCGUGCGAACGGUCAAAAUCAUGGGAUCGUCCGUUCAAAAGAGCGAACUCAUUGAAGGAUACGUCGCGCAACGUGGACUGGAAACCGUCACCACAUCCGCCACGGACUGUAAGAUUGCCGUCUUUGCGGCCGGGGUGGAAGCAUCCAGUACCGAAGCCAAGGGCACUGUCUUGAUGAAGACGGCUGAAGAUUUGAAAUCGUACAACAAGACGGAAGAAUCCAAAAUGGAAGAAAUCAUUCAAGGAAUUGCCGAAACCGGUGUUAAAUUGAUUGUCAGUGGAGGUACUGUCAGUGACAUGGCCUUGCAUUUUAUGGAUCGAUACCAACUCCUCUGUCUCAAGGUAGGAUCCAAGUGGGAACUACGACGACUCUGUCAGGCCACUGGCGCCACUCCCUUGGUACGACUCGGGGCUCCCAUGGCCGAAGAAAUGGGGCAUGCCGAAUCUGUCAAUGUCAAGGAAGUCGGAGAAAAGACCGUCACGGUCAUCAAAUCCAGUGCGGACACCAAAUUGGCCACCAUUUUGUUGCGUGCCAGUACCAGUUCCGUUCUCGCCGAUUUGGAACGGGCCGUGGAAGAUGGAGUCCGCGCCGUGGAAAUGGUCUGCAAGGAUGGACGUCUCGUUCAUGGUGGAGGAGCUGUGGAAAUGGCCAUGGCAGUGGAAUUGACGCGACAAGCCGAUAAACAUCCCGGGUUGGAACAAUAUGCCAUUCGCGCAUUUGCCAAGGCGUUGGAAAUUGUGCCACGAACGUUGGCGGUCAAUGCCGGAUGGGACAAUAAGGUCGUUGCCAAUUUGCAAGCGGCCCAUGCGGCGCAUAAUGCCGCGGAUGGUAUUUGUGAUCAAGGGAUUGACAUUGAAACGGAGCAAAUCACAUCCAUGAACGACAAUGAGGUGGUGGAUUUGUUGGGAACCAAAUCGUCGGCGUUGAAGCUGGCCGUGGAUGCAGCGCUCACCGUUUUGAAGAUUGAUCAGAUCAUUAUGAGCAAACCUUCGGGUGGACCCAAAAUGUAAUGAGUCAGUGCAAGCAUGCAUGGUCGUAACCCUCCAAGACUAGCUAGCGUUUGGUAAUCUAGCUUGCUAGCUAGUGAAUGAGUGAGUGAGACAACCCAUUGACCAUACCGGUACGAACUUCACACGUCGAGCUAGAGGUACUACUAGUAGUAGCAUCGCUCACACACACCACUCAGAGAAAAUGCCGACGAGAUACCGGUUGUUGGAAGUUCAAGAUACACAAAGACGCGAUUCAGGUCUACUUUAAUCACACAGCCAACUAACUUUUAAAAUAGGUUUAGUGAGACGACCAUGAUAGUACGUCUGUCCCACGCAUCAAGAUAGCAUCGCUCACACGCGGACC